AUGGACAAUGGCAUGCAAGCCGUGGCGAAGAUUCUUAAUCCUAAUGCUGGCCUUCCUCACCUUACUACUGCCAGUGAAGUAGCGACAAUGGAAUUUGUGCGCAGUGUAUGCAAAACUCCUGUUCCCAAAGUAUAUUCAUGGAACUCGAGACCAAACUCUGUGGGCGCAGAGUAUAUCAUUAUGGAGAAGGUUCAUGGCGUGCCGCUAGGCUCAGUCUGGCCUCACAUGGAAAUCGGGGACCGCCUCACAGUAGUAAAAACUAUUGUUCAGUACCAAGAAGCAUGGAUGUCUGUUUCAUUUAUUCACUUUGGUGGCCUGUACUUUGCACAAGACCUCAAUGGAUAUAGGCAUCAAAGCAUGUCUUACGAAAACGGAGGGGCCACACUAUUGGAUGAGAGAUUUGUCAUUGGGCCAUCCACAAGCAGAGAGAAAGUUGAUAAUGGGAGGAGUACCAUUCAAUUUGACCGUGGUCCAUGGUCGACAGUGCAAGAGUACCUUACAGCAAUAGGCCAUCAAGAGAUCGCCUGUGUGAAAGCGCUUCCAAAUUUGCCUAAAUCACCAAUUGCGCUGUAUGGUCCAGGGACGUACCAGCUCACAAGAGCAAGGAAACUCAGAGCUCUAGAGCUCUAUCUCACCAUGAUCAAAUAUCUCUGUCCAGUUGACCAAUCUAUAACAUCAUCAUGUCUCUGGCACGGUGAUCUCCACGUCGAAAACAUCUUAGUGGACUCUAAAUCUCCCACAGAAAUUGUCGGAAUCAUUGACUGGCAAUCCACCGAGCUAGCUCCAUUAUUUCAUGCAUGCCAGCCUCACCUUCUGGAUUACUAUGGCCCUCAACUUCACGGUCUCGAAAGGCCUAACUUGCCCGAGGAUUUACUCAGGCUGGACAUUGAAGUCCAAAGGGAAGCCAAAGCUCUGUAUAAGAAGCAAGCCUUGUGUUCAUUAUGCAGAACAUUUGUCCAUAGAACAAACCCACGGCUAUACCGCGUGCUAGAAUACAGAGAAAGCCCUAGCUUUGACCUCUUACUCCUUGCUCGAAAUCUUCUGAUCGAUGGCGAAGCGACCUACCUCGCUAGCAUUGUUGAACUAGAGGGCACAUGGGCAGACCUUCCUGGCGUUGUGACCUCAGAAGGCAAAGAUUGUCAGUACCCUUUCUACUUUUCUGAUGAGGAAAAAGCAGAGAUUGAAAGAGAUGUGAAUGGAUCAUCACUCGGUAUGCAAGCAAUGCAGAGCAUCAAGGACAGCCUUGGUGAUUUAUUUCCAGAACAAGGCGUUGUGAGGCCAGAGCAGUAUGAGGAGACUAAGGAUGCUGUGUCAGGCCAAGGAAUUCAUCAUACGAGAAUUUGCCCGAAACCAAAAUGA